UCUACUGAAGUGCGCUCCGUGGGCGCCCCUUUCGUAGCGCGGAAGGGACGGGAAAAGAAGCCGAGCGUCUCGCGGCCAGAGGGUGGAGGAAGGAGGAGGGUCGAAGCUGAAGAGAGCCUUAGAAUGGGCGAGGGAAUCGCCUCGGUGGCGGUCUUCUACACCAAUGAAGGAGGUGGAUCAUUUGACCACAUUUCAUGCUUUUAUUUUCUCCAUGAAAUCUGAAGUUCAGAGGAAGUUUGGACAAAACAUUCAAAAGAAAGUUUUUUCUUCAUUUUAUCAACAAGUGGAUUAAUCUUCUUCAUUUUUACUUCUAACAUUGCAAUUGAUAAAAGAGAACAAUUAUUCAUAACUACAUUUUUAGUCUGGGAAUAUUUACUAUUAUCUAAAACAAUUAUACAUUAUGCUGGUCGUUUUAAUUUUUUAUAGAUUAUUGUCUGCAAUCUUUUAAUACAGAUUCUUGACAAUGCAUUGAUUUUUUUACAUUUUUAACACAACCACCUCAGUGCUUAUUGCUGUAUGAAUAUGAGAUUUAAAGGGGGGUAAAGUGAUUGCUCUCUUAAGCCAUUUCAGAGUACAAACAAAUUGAAAUUCAUAUUAUGGCAGCAAACUAUAAAAGAGUAAUAACAACAGUGAAUUGUUACAGCAGUGCUGUAAUAGAUAACCAGCUUCAAAAUGUUGUGCAUUAUUGCACAGGGACAUGUCAAGUAUUCAGACAAGGAAUUAUGUGCAUAGUGCCCCACCACAGUGUUUCUGCAGAACUACUUAAAGUUUCUACAUCUAAUAUUAGAAAUUCAGAUUUGACCCACAGAUUUUCGAUGCCUGAAAAUUCAAUUGUUUUGCCUGCGGAUGAAGAUUAUCAUCAGCUCCUUCCUAGUAAUCCAAAACUCAAAAAAGUAUCUUGUGUUCAAAGCAGUGGAAAUCUGAAAGAUAUCACUGGAGAAGCCAUAAACCUUGCUAGUGGAAAAAUAAAAGAAUUCUCAUUUGAAAAACUGAGAAAUUCUUCAAAUCAGGCAAACUAUAGAAAAGGAAGAAAAGUUAAGUCAGACCAAUUCAGUAGAAGAUCACUAGAUCUUGACUUGAUUAGUGGACAUUUCAGCAGUGAUGAAAUUUUGUCCCCUCCUAAUGGUGUUCUAAAUAAUAGUUCCCAUGAAAAAAAAUGGCAUGUCAGCAGCCCCUCAGUUAAGGAAAGUGGGAAUUCUGUAGUUCCUUUGCCUAUAGGAACGUUUCCUGAUGACAAUUUUAUAACACAAAUUUUGGAAAAGCACAAACUGGAUGGGUCUUCCAGUGGAGAUAUUAAGAUGUGCUUAGAUAUCUUGUUAAAAUGCUCAGAGGACUUGAAGAAGUGUACAGAUAUAAUAAAGCAAUGCAUUAAGAAUAAAGCAUCAGGAAAUGUCAAUAGUGGAAAUAAUAGUGAGUCCUUGGCCAAUUCUGAAAUAAUCUAUAUGAAUUUAAUGACAAGAUUUUCUUCUUACCUUAAACAAUUGCCUUUUGAAUUUAGACAUCCUGCUGACAUGGUAGAACUGAUUAAUAGUUUGUCUGCUUUGGAGCAAUCUCAUUUCUCCCCAAUGAGCAAUGAGCAACCACCAAGAUAUGAAGAUAUUGUAACUUCUACAUCAUCUGUGGCAAAGCAGGCAUUUCCCUCUAACUUAAAAAUAAUUCAGGAUAAUAAUGAUACAAACUCCUCAACCAAUCUUAUCGAAACCCCCAGUAUAGAUAUUUCUUCAAAUACAUUGCAGAACAAUAUAGAUUCUAGAAAUGAUUCUCAUGUACUACCUCAGUUACAAUUUCUAAAUCCAUCAGACUGUGUUUUUCCCACAGAAUCUCUAUAUAUUGUAGAAGAAUCAGAUGGGAAAAAAGUAAGAGAAAGUGCAUCAAGUGUUCAGAGUAGAACAAUAAGGGGAGAUUCAAAGAGCAGCCAGGAGUGGCUAAGUCCUCCUUUAGAACUUCCUAAAACUUCACAUACACAGCCUCUAUCAAAGGAUGACCUUUCUAUUUCAGCAGAUUCCAUUGAUCAAACCUUUAACUAUAAUGUUCAGAUCUCUAAAGAAGAGCUUAGAAAAAACAAUCAAGAAGAGAUAGAUAAACUUUUGUUGGAUUUGGAGAAUUUUUCACAAAAAAUGGAAAUUACACUGAGAGAAACUACUGUGGAGCAAAGUGAUUCUAGAUUUUUGAAAAAUAGUAGUUUAACCAGUGAGGACAAAGGCAAAGAUUGUUUUCCUGAGGACAAAAGUGUGCCUUCAUCCUUAUCAAAACUUGUAGAAAUCAAUGGUCAUAAAAUGGAUGAAGAUGACAAAACUCUUUUACUGCGUAUUUUGGAGAGUAUUGAAGACUUUGCCCAAGAAUUAGUAGAAUUCCAAUUGGGCAAAGGAAGCUUAUCAAAAGAGAAAGAAGUGAUGCAUAUUCUUCAGGAAACUUUAGCCAUGCCUUCCAUCACAGUUGAAAAGCAGAUCUACACAGAUACAGUGAAGAAAAAACCUGCCUCACCAUUAAUUCAGCAGAUGCCAGAGGUUAUCAAGGUCCAAAACAAGCAAGAGAAAAAACCGGUGACACCAUCUCUAACUCCUGCAAAUUCAACAGUCAGUCCACAGUCUCUACAGGCUACAAAUAAAGAAACUAUUGGUGCUCCUUUGUCCAUAAACAUUCCAACUUUCUAUUUUCCCUAUGGACUUCCGAAUAUCUGCAAUAAUCCUGAUGAAAUUAUUAUCAAAGUUGAAGCAGCCUUUUCAGAGUUUGAAGAUAAGAAAGUUCCCUAUAAUGAAAUGGGGAACAUUAUAAAAAUAUGUGGCUGUCCCCUAUACUGGAAAGCUCCCAUGUUCAACGCAUCUGGAGGAGAGCAGACAGGAUUUGUAUCUGUACAUUCAUUUGUGGCCAUGUGGAGAAAGAUUCUACACAACUGUCAUGAUGACGCAUCAAAAUUCAUUUGCCUUUUAGCAAAACCUAACUGUAACUAUCUGGAACAAGAAGAUUUCAUUCCAAUACUGCAGGAUAUAGUUGAAACUCAUCCAGGACUGACAUUUCUAAAGGAUGCCCCAGAAUUUCAUUCCCGUUACAUUACUACGGUUAUUCAAAGAAUAUUUUACAUAGUGAAUAGAUCGUGGUCUGGAAAAAUAUCAUUAAUAGAGCUGAGGAAAAGCAACUUUCUACAAACUCUAGCCCUCUUAGAAGAAGAGGAAGACAUUAAUCAAAUCACUGAUUAUUUUUCCUAUGAGCACUUCUAUGUUAUUUAUUGUAAAUUCUGGGAAUUGGACACUGAUCAUGAUCUCUAUAUCAAUCAGAGUGAUUUGGCUAGAUACAAUGAUCAAGCUUUGUCAAACAGAAUUAUAGAAAGAAUAUUCACUGGAGCUGUUCUUAGAGGAAGUCAAGAACAAAAAGAAAACCAGAUGAGCUAUGCAGACUUUGUGUGGUUUCUGAUCUCGGAAGAAGACAAAAGAUGUCUCACAAGUAUUGAAUACUGGUUCCGAUGCAUGGAUUUAGAUGGGGAUGGCACACUAUCAAUGUAUGAACUUGAAUAUUUUUAUGAGGAACAGUGUGAGAGGAUGGAAUCCAUGGGCAUUGAGCCGUUGCCCUUCCAUGACUUAUUGUGCCAAAUGCUUGAUCUAGUAAAACCAGAAUAUGAGGGAAGAAUUACUCUAGGAGAUUUGAAGAGAUGUAGAAUGGCUCAUGUAUUUUAUAAUACUUUCUUUAACCUUGAAAAGUAUCUGGACAACGAACAACGGGAUCCCUUUGCUGUGCAAAAGGAUAUUGAAAAUGAUAGUCCAGAACCCUCUGAUUGGGACAGAUAUGCUGCUGAGGAAUAUGAAAUUCUUGUAGCUGAGGAGUCUGGCAGUGUACAGUUACAAGAAGGUUCCUUUGAAGAUGAUUAUGAAACAGAUGAACUCUUAUCUAUGUCUGAAAUUGAAGAAAAGUCAGAUAAUUUAGUUGUUUCGCAUGUUUCAGCAUAAAAAUAGAGAUUUGUCCUCAAAGUCUACCAUCAUUAAACACAAGAGUCUUCAGUUCUUACAUUCGAAGAAACAAUAAUGUUAUUUGACGAAGUACCAACAUCUGAAACAAAAUCAUAAUUAUACAAGAUAUACUAUUUGUUUCUCUAAUGUGAUAAUUUUCCUAACUAUUGGGGUAUGCAUAGAAUUUGUGCAGACAUUCAUGGAACCUGUGAGGAAACAAUGAAGACUGGAUAAAGGUGAAAAGCUUCAUAUUUAUAUAUAAAAAAGAAUUUAAGACAAUCAAUAAAUACUUGAGGAUUUUUUUUUCCAUUUUGGAUUAUUCCUCCUCCUUUUUUUAUUUAGAAGCUAUAUUCAGCUUUUUUCUUGUUUUACAAUACAAUUGUAUAGUAAUGUUCAGUUUUUUGAUGUAUCAGAAGUACCUGUCAGUUUCUAGAGUAUUUCUAGCUCACUGCAGAUAAUUAUUUGCAUUAUAUAAUACUGAAUGAUGACAACUUACUAUGAAAUUUUUAAGAGUUUAUUUAAAUCUAGUAUCAAGUCCAUGUUUCUUUGAUUUAAAGUAUAAUAGAAAAAAGAGAUGGCCCAUUUGUUUUCAUGGUUAUCCUUCAUGGGAAUUUUUUCUUUUAAUAGAAUAACAGAAUUAUUCUGUAAUUUUUAUUAAAUUCUUCUUUAAAAAGCAUUAAUACCUUAAUAAAUGCAACAAUCCCCCUCCAUAAAAGAGAAAUUGGUGUAUGUUUUCCAAACUUAAUCGAAGACAUGAAUGAUCCAAAAUUCAUAGCUGGUAGGAAAGUCCCACCAGAUUGAAGUGUAGAAAAUGAGAAUCAAUUGAAAGUGAGUAGAAAACUCUUUCAAGAAUAAACAAAAAUCAGGUAAAAAAUAAUAUUUACAAGAUAGAUCCUAGAAGAUGCAGGUAAUAUCUUAUUCCCUUACCCAUUCUUUUGAAUCUUGUUCUUCAAAAAAGAAUUUAAAGCUAAAAGGUAAUAUCCAUUUUAUAAAGGAAACAUUUACAAUAAAUUAGUCACAUGGUUCUAAGUGGCAUAAAAUUGACUUCCUCGUGAGGCAGUAUGUUCCCCUUCAGUGAUGGUCUUCAAAUGAAGACUGCAUGAUUACCUGUUGAAAAUGUUUUGGCAAGUUCAGCAGUGAAUAGAAGACUGGACUUUCAUUCAGAGGUGCUUUCAUUUUAUGAUUCUGUGAUAAAACAAUAUCAUGGUGACAAUAGAUACAAUCUGUUUAGAAGUGACAAUGAAGAUAAUUGAAGUGAUAGAAGAUGUAAAUGCUGUGAAAGAGGGAAGGAAAUAAGAUACCAGCAGCAA